AUGUCAGACUCUCAACCCCAGCAAGGGAUCUUCAAGACCGAUCAGUACUUCUGGUAUCAUGAGGGAGAUGAAAGCAUCGAAAACUGGCUAUCCACCAACCAGGAUUAUCCUCAUCUCUAUGCCACUUACAUCAACGAUGCCAACGCAGUCAUUUACAGAAAGCGCGUCGGAAAGUUAAUCGAGCACGACAAGCGCAUUCCCGCGUUUCUCGAACAGUACCUUAUGACCUCCGCCAAUGCCAUCAAGGGGUUCACCUGGUACAAGACCAACGCCCUGGGAAAGACGGACUGGACUGGUGUCGGCUCCCAGAAGAAAGGACUGAUCGAUAGCUCCACUUACGGUAAGNUCUCCUACCCUAUCUGCUCAGCAUGCUCUCAGGAGGUCUACCAUAUCGUGAUUAACCCUCAACUCGUCGGCCAGGCCAGAGACCUCCUAUACAAGCAGGUCUUUGACCACGACGCCCGCCACAAUCACUGGGUGCAACACGGUGAGCAUGAUUACCUCAAUCCCAACGAGGUCGAGCCUCUAUCCAAGAGACAAAAGAGCAUGAUGAGAAGCCAGGCUCGCUGGGUAAAUAUGGACGAGAGAAGAGCUGCCAAGGAAGCUGCUGGAUCCACCGGAGAGUUUGGUCGGCUGCCGUCGGGCCUGAAUGUUGCAGGUCAGAGUUCUGAUCAGAACAAGGCAGAAGAAGACGUGGGGAUGGAGAACUAG